AUGUUCCGCAACGCAUACCAGCACGGAUUCUUGUCCAUACUUUACAGCUGCGGAGCGACUCCACUUGCCAUUUGGGACAAACAAGUGAAAAACGGGUACAUAAAACGCAUAACGGAUGACGAAGUGAAGUCUUUAGUCCUGGAAAUAGCGGGGACCAAUGUGGCAACGACCUUUAUCUCCUGUCCUCAAGACCCGAAGAAAGUUCUGGGGAUAAAGCUGCCAUUUUUGAUAAUGAUCAUCAAGAAUAUGAAGAAGUAUUUCACAUUUGAAAUAACGAUCCUCGAUGAUAAGGACAUGCACAGACGGUUUCGAGUGAGCAAUUUUCAAAGCACGACAAGGGUCAGGCCGUUCUGCACGACAAUGCCCAUCGGGCUCUCGGGUGGGUGGAAUCAGGUGCAGUUCAAUCUCGCAGACUUCACCAGGCGUGCCUACGGCAGCAACUAUGUCGAGACGACCAGGAUGCAGAUACACGCCAACUGCAGGAUAAGGAGGAUCUACUACGCCGACAGAUUGUAUUCCGAGGAUGAGAUGCCUGAGGAGUUUAAACUGUUUCUACCAGUCCGUCGAAAGUUCAUCAGAGAAAGCAAGAGCAAGCCUGUGCAGCGUUCGAGUCUGGUGAAGCAGGUAAAUGCUGCAGGUGAUCAAGGCGAACGGCUCCCAGACGAACCUCCAGCCUUUACAGCUGCUGUAGAGGAAAGCAAAGAAGUCGAGGAAAAGGCGGAGGAAUCGCCGAAGCACAAUUCCGAAUUCGCUCCGCGAAAAUCGAGCUCGGUACUAAAAUCCGAAAGCAGUCGGAAAAGUGUCGGCAUCACGAUCAAAGAUACCGUCGAAGACGACGCCGAGAAGGAGCAACGAAACGCUGUUGAUGAUCAGGAACGGGGCCUGGAGGAGGAAGAACCGGCGGAAGCUCCCGAGGAGGAGGAAGCUCAGCCAGCGACCGAGGAAAUGGUCGAAAUUGCCGUGACGGAAGGAGGCUGAUUUUUUAUAUUCGCAGCUAUUUCGAGGGGGGCUUAUUCUCUGGAGACAUCGAUCGGAAAUCGCCGGGCAUCAGCGAUUAGCGUAGGUAAUCACCGACGAUUCUCGAGUGAAUAACCCUUUGACCCUCUGUAUGUAUUUCGAUCUUCUCUUGUUUUCGUUGAAAACAGUUGUGUG